AGUUGUAGUAACAGUUAAAAACGGUUAAAAUAUUGAUCAACAGCCCUUAAAGUUCGUUCACCUUUGGUGUAACGUCAAUGUCAUUUUGCGACUUUAGAAAAUAGGUUACAAAAUAAUGUAAUUUUUAUUUAUUAAGAUCAUAUCAUAAAUCAUAAUGUGCACAACACCACCAUCAUCAGCACCGCCGCCCCCACCACCCCCGCCACCUCUAACAUCCGAAAGCAAAUUUAAAUCCGACAAAUCUAAUGAAAUAUCUGAAGAUCCAAGUAUCUGUGAAUGGGCUUCUUCAGAAUUAGAUUUAAGGAAAGCGUGCAUAACAUAUCAAAUAUGCCUGACUCGUGCACCUUUCCGUUAUAAAUACAAACAUUUUCAAUAUAUACUGCAGGAAGGGCCGACUUGUGGUUUGGUAGCUUUGUCAAUGUUUGUUAGGGGAGAAGUUGGGCCAGAAGAACUGUUAAAUCUCAGUAAAUUUUUUGGAUACAGCAAUAAUGGCGAGAUGUUGAGUUGCAAAGAUAUGGCUAAAUUAGCUGAGAAGGUAUUAAGUUUGGCUGAAAUGGAAAAUAUUACCUGUACUUUAAAAAAAGGUGGACUUUAUAGUCAAGAAAUAAUUGAAGAAUUAUUGAAUGGUGCUAUUUUAUUAGUUCCUUAUGAUGCUGAUCAUAAUCAUUCACCUUGCCUUAGACAAGGGCACACAGCACACUGGGCUCUAGUUUGUGGCAUUAUAAUUAUUAAGGACCCUGGAGUGGAAUACAUGUCUGACCCUAGCAAUAUUUAUGUCUUAUGCAGACAUGGAAAGUCUAAGCUUGUUGCUGCUUGGACUCUAGAUGGCCUAUAUAAAAGUAACAUGAAUUUAUGGGAGUUCUGUCCAAAGAAGGCUAAAGACGGCCUGUUAUACGUCCAGCCGGAGGGAGGAUUGGGUGGAGAAAAUGGGUUGCGGGAUCAAUUUUUAUUAUUCAAGUAUACUUAACUAUAAGCAUUUUAUUGUGGGUUUCUGAGACUAAAAUCAAUAUAUGAAACAUAAUUUUAUUACCUCUGUUUUCACAAAGAUAAUGAGGGAUGAGAAUAUGAUUUAUACACAGACUUUGGUCUCAGAAUUAACUAUUAGUAUAUUAGGGUAACUUGUUGGUGUUUUCUCGUGUUAUACUAUUGUAUUUUCUUUUAUAUACUUUUAAGAUAAUAUUUAAUUAUUAGGAAUGUUGAUUUAUUGUCUGUUUAUUUAUUGGAAUGUUGUGAAUAUUAAAUAAAAAAUAUGUUUUAAUGCAAAA